AUGAGAGAAUGGGAAGUCACAUCGUCCAAAACAGAAGUUUCCAACAUUUCAAAUCUUACCGACUUUUUACAAUCAAGAUUUCGAGUAUUAGAGGCAGUGGAAACGUCUCAACAAAUCAAUGCAUUAACAUUUGAAAACAAUAAUCGCAAAACAAAUGCGAACAAAAGGAUCAAAUCGAACGUGUUCGCCACCACCAGCGAAGUAAAAUGUUAUUCUUGUAAACAAGCACACACAAUAUAUCGUUGCCCAUCACUCCUCGGUUUGACGAUUUCGGAUCGCAUAAAAAGAGUAAUUGAAUUAAAAUUAUGCAAAAUAUGUUUAAGGCCACAUAAUGAUGGUGAUAAGUGUCAAUCAAGACGAUGUACACUAUGUUCGCGCCCGCAUAAUAGCCUAUUGCAUCUAUCCCGUACCGAUAAACCUGUCAGACAAGUCGCGUCGCAUAGCGAGGUCAAUGACCGCGACGACGAAAAAGAUGACAAAAAUAGUAACGCUCCGAUCGUAUCGGUGAGUGCGUAUGCGUAUCGUAAAGGUAACGACGGUCAAAUUUUACUAUCAACGGCAACCGUGAUGGUUUAUAAUAGCAAUCGUCAACCGACAUAUUGUCGUGUACUGUUGGACAGCGGGUCACAACAUAAUCUCAUAACAGAAGCACUGGCACAACAAUUAAGACUAAAACGCACAAGAACGUCAUGUGCUGUUAUCGGUAUUAACGAAUCUACGCAUUCCGCAUCUCAUAUAGUAAAUACGAAUAUAAAAUCACGCGUAACAAAUUAUUUAUCGAAUUUAGAUUUUUAUGUUUUACCUAAAUUAACUACAAAUUUACCAUCAAUUCCCGUCGUAACAUCAAAUCUUAAAUUACCUGCAGGGCUGGCGCUAGCAGACCCCACAUUCGGCACACCACAAGCGAUCGACAUUAUAUUAGGUGCCGAAAUAUUUUUCGAUUUAAUUAUUAAUGAACAAUUGCGUCCAAUACCUAACGGACCAGUUUUACAGAAUACACGAUUAGGAUGGAUUAUUUCCGGUCCGGUACCGCACUCGAUAGUUCGAAAUACGAACGCUAGUAUAUCGCUAUUCGCACAUACUUCACCAAACUUACAAACACUCGAAGACCAAAUGGCUGCAUUUUGGCGUCUUGAAGAAAUAGCACCCGGUCAAUCAUAUACCACGGAAGAACGUGCGUGCAAACAGCACUUCGAAAAACACGUCCAACGCGACGAUAACGGACGUUUCGUUGUUGUAUUACCAUUUAAGAAGGCGCUUAAGUUAGGAAACUCAUAUGAGAGAGCUUUACGUAGAUUUCUGUCGUUAGAAAGGCGUUUGCAAGCGGACACAGACUUAAAAAACGACUACGUCAAAUUUAUGAACGAAUAUAUCGAGCUUGGGCACAUGUCAAUUGCGAACACGAAUCCAGAUGCCUCAAUGACAGAUCGCCAUUAUUACCUACCGCAUCAUGCCGUAUUGAAAGAGAGCAGCACGAGUACCAAAUUGCGGGUAGUAUUCGACGCGUCGGCGAAAACAGACGCUAAUAUUAGCUUAAAUGACGUACUAUUGAAAGCUACGGCGUGUUUAAAUAAACUAUCGAAUGAUGAAGCUGUCCGAUAUCCCGAAGCCUGUCGUGCCUUAAAUCAAGAUUUUUAUGUUGACGACUUUCUUGGUGGCGCAGCAUCAUUAUCUGAAGCAUUGAAAUUACGCGACGAUUUGAUAACAGUUUUAAAAGGGGCUCUUAUGGAAUUAUGCAAAUGGUCCAGUAACGAUUAUAGACUAUUAAAAGACGUUAAUGGUACAAAUUCAGGUGUUACCACAGAUAUAUAA